AUGGUCUCAACGUGCGCGCUUGCUAUAGUGCUCCUCUCGUGGAUUCCGCUAGCCCAACAGGUCGACAUCUGCGACAUUCUUGAUGCAAACUAUUGCUUCUACUUUUCCGAUUCGUCGUGCUACAUCGAGUUGUGCCAAUGCGACGCGUGUUCACCGGACAAAUCCGACAACUCGACGGAGGCCUCGUGUCCGUCAUGGUGUCCGCAUGUGCGCAAAAACGACACCAUCCUCAAUAUUCUUGAAAGCGGCUCGUCAAACGCGACGGCGAGCAUUUCGUUUGAAUGUGAUGAUUUGUCGAGCAACUGCCUUCAAAAUAAAGGAUACAAUGGGCACUGCUAUUUCUACGAGAAGAAUUGCGAGUACAACGAGACGAUUGCCAGCAAGGGGAAAUCCAAGGUGGCGAGAAAUAAUCAGAAGCAUUUGAAGCAGUGCUUGAAAUUCCAAAGGAAAUGCCAUCAAAAGUAUCCCGGGCAUUUUUCGUGCAAGCAAUUCCGAAAACGAUGCAAAAAUCUUGAUCUUCCCAAAUUGGGGCACGUCAAAAACUCAACGCUUCAUGAGGAGAGUUUGGAGCACUGUCUGAAAUAUCAGAAGACGUGCGCCGAGAAGUACCCGAAGCACUACGCGUGCCGAUCGUUUCGAAGAAUGUGCAAAAAAUUUGCGCUUCCCGCAAUCUCCGACAACGAGGCGUCGCCGAAGCGGCGGCACAAGAUUCAGGGAAUAAUCGGAAACUCGACGAGCGUCGUCGUCGCCGCGAAUGAGACGACAAUUGAGAAAUUAUUGAGCUUAUAA